AUGGAAAUUAUUUAUGCAGUUGAUGUCAAGAUGACAAAUGAUGGUGAAGAAUUUGAACGUAUAUUAGCAAUGGAUAUAUCUUGUAUGAAUAUUCUUGCUUGUUCAACUUAUUAUCUAUUAUCAUCAAGUAAACUUAAAUAUAGUCCAUAUCUUGUUUCAACACCUUUACAACAAUCAGCAAAAUCUUCCUUUUGUGUUUAUGUUUGUGCACUUGAACAACCAUGGCAUUUUGGUUUAAUAGCAACAUCAAUUGUACCUAUUGUUCAUCUUGCUUGGAGUCUUGAUGGUACACAUUUACUUGUUUGUAAUCAAACAGGACUUUGUCGAAUAUUUAAAAUGAAGAAUGGUUGUAUUAAUACAAUGGAUAAUAUUUAUCAAUAUGAAACAAAUGAAGAUAUUCUUAUUGCAAAAUAUAUUUUUCAUAAAGAACCAAUAGUGAUUAAUCCUGAUAGAAAAGAUUCGUUAUUUUAUGGAAAAGAAGACGGUCAAUCACCAAUGUUACCAUAUGCACUAAAUACAGGCAAUUUUGUAUGUGUAACAACAUCAGGAACGGUAAGUUUAAAUUUCAUUUAA